CGGUGCCAUGUUCCGCCGGUGGCGGCUGGCGCGCGGUGGCCGGCCGGCGGCCAGCCGCCUGCUGCGGCUCUCCCUGCUCGCGCCGCUCCUUCUGAACGUGAGCCGUGUGCUGUGUGACGAGAGCGAGUACCGGCUGACGCAGUACCUGAUGUCCAACUACGACCCGUCAGUGCGACCGGCGCGCAACUCGGCGGAGCCACUCGAGGUCAACUUCAGCCUCUCUCUGCACCACAUCAUUGACGUGGACGAGAGAAACCAGAUUCUGACGACCAACUGCUGGCUGACCCACGUUUGGACCGACUACCAUCUCACGUGGAACACCUCCGACUUCGGCGGGGUCCAGAAAAUACGCGUGCCUUACUUCCGCGUGUGGAAACCUGACAUCAUUCUCUACAACAACGCCGACUCGCAGUACAGCACGGCCGUCAUCAACACGAACGUCAUCGUCAACAGCAACGGCCAGGUGACGUGGCUGUCGCACGGCAUCUACCAGUCGUCGUGUGACAUGGACGUCGAGUACUUCCCCUUCGACAUCCAGAGCUGCGAGAUGAAGUGGGCCAGCUGGACCUACGAUGGAUACACGGUGGACAUAAUCAGCGAAUCUCCGGACGGCGAUCUCUCCAACUACCAGUCCAACGGCGAGUUCGACCUGGUCGACUUCAGCGCCAAGCGCAACGUGCAGAACUACAGCUGCUGUCCGGAGCCGUACCCGGACAUCACGUACACGAUCCGGCUGCGACGGCGGCCCAUGUUUUACGUGUUCAACCUUAUUCUGCCCUGCAUACUCAUCAACGGCAUCGCACUGCUCGUGUUCUACGUGCCCUCCGAGUCGGGCGAGAAAGUGACGCUCGGCAUCUCCGCCGUGCUCUCCAUGACCGUGUUCCUGAUGACCAUCAGAGAGAGCCUGCCGCCCACCGAGAAGACGCCGCUCAUCAGCCUGUACUAUGGGGUCACCAUCUGCCUGGUCUCGUUCGCCUCCGGCCUGUCCGUGCUGACGCUCAACAUCUUCCACCGCGGCUCGCGCGGUAUCGAGGUGCCGCGCCUCGUGCGCACCAUUGUGCUGGGCUUCCUGUCGCGUAUCGUCUUCAUCCACUUCGAGAAGCCGCCGAUCCGGCCGGGCCGGCCGCGCGGCGCCAUGGCGGACCUGACGCAGCGGGCGGACGGACUGCUCAACUCGCUGGGCCGUGACCGGCGCACCAUGGCCGACGGCGACAGUCUGGACAGUCUGCGCUACCCGUGCCGGCGGGGCCACCACACCACCGAGCCGCCCACCAUGCUGCCGCCCUCCGAGGACUUUGAGCGCAACUUUGUGCGCGUGCUCAACAGGAUAUACCAGACGAUCGAGAGGAACGAGACGCGUCUGGAGGAGCAGGAGUACCGGGACGCCACCAGGCAGGAGUGGCAGCAGGUGGCCAUCGUGUGUGACCGGGUGCUGCUGCUCAUCUUUCUGCUCUCGACGGCCACGGCCACCUCGGCCAUCCUGCUGUCCUCGCCGCACCUGCACUGAGGGAGGAGCAGCUGCCCCACCGCGCACCGCUGGGCGAACCUGUGCUGAGGGAGGAGCAGUCGUCCCACCGCGCACCGCUGGGCGAACCCGUGCUGAGGGAGAAAGAACCGUCCGUCCGCCCCGCUCACUGGACGGCGAAUCUGCACUGAGGAGAAGAGGCGACACUGCCGGUCCGCAGCGUCCACCGGGAGAUCAGCAGAGCGCUCACUCUUCUAAACGGAUCCUCUCAGAGCCCCUCCGCUCAGUGACAGGCGGGAGUCGCUCGGACGACACGCCCAGACCGCGCCACUGACAUUGGUUCACAGACAGUGGUUGUGAUUGGAGGUGUCGGUGAUGGCGUUCAGAGACCACUUCGCCAGACCUUCAGCCACGCGAGCUGAAGGACAUGAGGAAUGAAAAUGAUGAAGUUGAUAACUGUGUGUGGGAGACAUUCACGCUCCUGCGUCCCUCUGCUCGACUGCUCACAAGAACCUAAACAGUGUGAAAUUGAAGUGAUUCGUCACUUCGUGUGAACUCCAUAUAGACCCUCAUAAAAGUUGCAUGGUCUUUUGUAAUUGAGAUGACAGGUACACGGAGGAUGGUGUUCGCAAAAUAAGACGAAAAGCGCAAAAUCCUGUCAAAGUGACACGAAUAUUGAGGCAUAUCGAGUUGGUGUGAGUUGUUGUGUGAAUAUGUGUGUAAAUGGGGCAUCGACAGCGAGCCGCGAGUUUUUACGGAGGGAAGCUGUCACAAAUGCUGCUGAAAGGAGCUCCAAUGAUGUAAAACAUAAAUGUUCAUCUGUAAAUAUGGCCAUUGGCAUGAAGAUUAACAAGUGCAGGGAUGGGAUAAGUACGCAAUUAUCCGCCGGAGAGAAAUGAUGUACGUGUGUAGUUCUGGUGUAGUCAGAGAUGUGUUCCAUAGUUUGAUUAUGUAGGUAUGUGAUCAGCGCCGUGCAGGAACUUCAGUCGGCGCCGACCGUGUUCCCCGUACCAGCGCCUAGGUAACGUGAGCGUUAACCGAACCGACAUCAACUGUAGCCAUCCAAGCAAAAAUAAACUCUGAGAGCAGC